ACCUUGCAACUCGGAGUCCCCUAGCUCGAUUACUAGAUAUUGCCCCCUGUUAGGCUGGUCGCUUCCCUGACACGACCACGACGACAACCUCGACAAGUUCACGAAUCGACGAGCUCGUCUCGGCCAAUCUCCCUGAGCACAUCAUGAUGGCGCUCCCCCGAUCGUUCCUGCGGCUCGCCUGCAGCCUGCUGCUGCUCCUCGGCGUCGCGCAGGCCCUCAAGUUCGACAUCGCCGCGCACACGGGCAAGGAGAACAUGAAGAAGGAGAGGUGCAUCCGCAAUUUUGUCGCCAAGGACACGCUGGUCGUCGUCACGGCCACGGUCGGCGGGACAAAGGGCGACGGCAUGCUGGUCAACAUUCACAUUCGCGAUAUGGAAGGGAAUGAGUACGGCCGACCGAGGGACGUUGCCGGCGAAUCGAGAACUGUCUUCACAUCACACUCGGAUGCCGCGUUCGACGUGUGCUUCGAGAACAUCUUCACCAGUUCCAAGCGUCCGAGCCCCAACACCCGCUCCGUCGAGCUCGACAUUGACAUUGGCGCCGACGCCAAGGACUGGUCCGCUAUCCAGGCCACCGAGAAGCUCAAGCCCGUCGAGGCCGAGCUGCGCCGCAUCGAGGAGCUGACCACCGAGGUCGUCCGCGAGAUGGACUACCUGCGGUCCCGUGAGCAGAAGCUGCGCGACACCAAUGAGAGCACAAACAACCGUGUCAAGUGGUUCGGUCUCGGCACAACCUGGCUGCUGGUCAUCCUAUGGGCGUGGCAGAUUGCGUAUCUGCGCAGCUACUUCCGCUCCAAGCACUUGAUCUAGAUUAUGCUAGGCCAGGGUGAGAGGGAAAAGCGGGCGGUGGCCGGAAUGAAUAGCAAAGCAAGCUGUCUUGUUGGCGCAUCUAUGUAGAACGGGGUCUUU